AACAGACGUUGGGCUAGAAUUCAGAACGUAUGGAUUAUUAAUUGCUCUUGGUUUCGACAGACUGAGGGAUAUUGUCACGUUGGAUAUGUUUAUUGGAAGCCUUCGGGUCCACUGCGGCUCUUCGACUGCUCUUGCCGAUCUUCAUCAUGUUCAUGUUAUUCACGUUAUAGGGCCAAUGUCAUUAUGUGCAGAAUUCGUGUGGCUAUUGCAAUUGUUUUGAGUUCCUGUUUGAAUGAAAUAGAAAUCUUCCACCAUGCAUUGGCUUCUAUAUUUUACCUUGAUCCUGAUGAAAUGUGGCGAUAUUGAGGUCAAUCCUGGACCAAGCAGCAAUGUCAGUGACAAGGAGCUGAUAAAGCUGUCAAAGCGAAUUGCACCGGGAAGCUAUGAUGAGUUAGGUGUUAAUCUCGGGUAUUCCCUCGCUGAACUUGCACAAAUCAAACAAUGCGCCAUAGAUACCAAGGAUGCAUUGAUCAAAAUGUUCUGUGGAUGGAGGGAUAAACAACUUCCAGGCACAAACAUCAGGACUCUUCUUGCAGAUGCAUUACACGAGAGUGAAAUGGGUUCCCUUUCCGAUGAUUUAUUGACAGGAGCUCCAGUCAAGACAAGUGCACCCAUGACAAUACAAGGAUCAAUCAUCCAACCACUUUUCCCUGACCUGAUCAAGAGAUGUAGAGUUGAGCUCCAAUUCAAGUACAGGACUGAUUUCUGUAUGAUAAGAGCCGACCCACUAGAUCCUGAUUCUGUUGUUCCAUUCGAAGAUAUGUACACAAACCUUUUUCUGGAAAAGGAAAAUAAAAACGAAAGGAGUCAAAUUGAAUACAAGGAUCUCUUUAAUCUCAAAGUCAAUGGAGAGUUCCCCAAACGGAUUAUGGUCCAAGGAGAGGCAGGGGCCGGGAAGACAACAUUCUUGGCUAAGAUUGCAUGGGACUGGAUAAACGAUAGUCCAGAUCUGUCAAAGUUUGUGUGGGUACUUCUUAUCCGUCUGCGUGAAGCCAAGCGAUACACAAUAGGUAAGAUAGUCAAAUCAUAUCUCUCAAAGGACAACCCAGCAGCAGCCUGCCAGAUCACUGAAUACAUCCGUUCAAAUCCAGAAAAUGUAUUAAUUGCCUGUGAUGGAUUAGAUGAGUUUAGUGGCAAGAUUAUACAGGACACUGAAACCAAACAAGAAAUAGAAGGUGCUCAGCCAGAAGCCAAAGUAGGAUCUGAAACGAGUCCAGCAAGUGCAUCUUUGAGCCAACGAUUCGACCCAGAAGCAAGUGCAAAUUCUGUUGCGAGAGGUGAUUUUGUAGUUGAAGAUGUUCUCCGCUCAGAAGAAGUCCGUACUUGCCCCGUCAUUGUUACAAGCCGUCCAUGGAAGGCCAAUAAAAUAAGAUGGAACAAUAGCUUAAGACCACUAUACACAUUCAUCCAUGUGGAAGGCUUUAGCAGGGAGAAUGCUAAGGUUUACAUUCGCAAUUAUUUUAAAGACACUAAGGCUACAGCAGAUGAAUUCAUCCAAUUGUUUGAAAGCAACGACAUCAUAUCAGAGAAUAUGGCGCCAUAUCCUAUCUACAUAUCUAUGCUCUGUCACAUGUGGAGAGAAAUUGGUGACAGCAAGAAAGAAGAGUUGAAGUCUUUACAAACCUUUUCUGAAAUAUUCCGUGAAGUGUUUGAAUUCCUCAAGGUGCGUUAUGUCCAGAAAGAGAUCACAGAUUUAGGCAGCCCAUUGUUCAAUACACGUCGCUUUGAAAUCGAGAAACUCAUGGAACCAAUUGCUGAGGUUGCUUUUACUGGACUACAAUCAAACAACCUAAUUUUCAAUGAAGAAGAUCUUGGACAGAUCCCAGACUCUUUGAAGACAGCAUGCAACGUAGGGGUGUUAACACAGGAGAAAAGACUGUCAUCAAUACAUGACAAGAGCAGUGCAUUCUUGCAGUCAACAACCUUAUUUCCACAUAAACUAUUCCAGGAGUACAUGGCUGCAGUCUAUCUUGCUUCUCUGUAUAAUUCGAAUCUCAUUGAGUUUAAGAGGCUGUUUGAAGAAGUAUUGCUACCUAGGAAGGACGAGUUUAAGUAUCUCCUGUUCUUCACUGUGUCACGGGACAGGAACAUUGCCGAAUAUACGACCACGAGUCUGUUACGACAGUAUACCUUAAAGCAAUACGACGACCCAUGGCAGGCGAUGAACCUCUUGGUUGAUGUAGCAUUUGAGAGUCAAGAUGAAGAUACCAUUGCCCUUCUAAGGAAUUCGGUAUCAUCUAAGUUGAUUAUCAAUGCUGAGAAUGCACACACUGUAGCUGGUUAUGCAUCCACUGGGAUAUAUUCAAAAGCAAUCAAAAUAGAUUUUGGUACUUUUGGAUCUCGCUACGGACCAGGUAUAUCAAACGAGGUUGCAGUGAUGGUAUGCUCAGCACCAUCUCUAACGAAAGUUAAACUGUGGGGGAUAUUUCACCCUACCUUCUAUGACACUCUUGCCAAAGAAGGAAGGAAAACCAAAGUCCAUACUUUCGAGAUAAGGAAUUUUCAGCCUCUAUCAUCAGCAUCUUCACAUCAGCUAGCAGAAGCUAUAUGCUCCCUACCUGACCUGGAUAACCUGACACUAAGAGGAGAUGGUUUCCAAGAGGAGUUUUAUUCUCAUCUUAAUGCAAAGGCUUCAACCCUAAAGGUAUGCUUCCCUCAGAUCAGCGAAGGAAAAUUCAAAUUGAAUGGAAAGCUUCACAAGGAUCCUGAUUCAUUCUUAGAAUCACUCACUUUGCUGAUGGAAAAACAAUAAUCUAACCAAGCUAAAGGUUAGCUCUUUACUCAGGCUGAUAUACAACCUCGAUAAUUCCUACACUGGUCAUGAAA